CACCAGCCGGAGAGGGACGGACGGAGGGAGGGAGGGAUGGAGGCUGAUCGCUGCGCGCCCGGCUCGCCGCCGCCGAUCGCCUCCUCCUGCCUUCCCCCUGGCGGCGGGCAGGCUGCCGCCCCUACCGAGCCGCCGACGUGGCCCCCGGACCCGGAUCGCCCCGCGCCCGUGGAGCUGCUGGAGUUCGACGACGACGAGGACCUGGAAGUGUUCAGCAAGGAUGCCUCCCUCACCGAGGUCAAUUCAUUCAGUCCUUUGAUGCCCACAUCCCCGUCUUCGAUGACCAACCAAUACAAAUUUGAAGAUGAACCGGAAUUAAAGGAUCUUUUCAUUACAGUUGACGAUCCGGAAAGCCACAUCACUGCCCUAGAGACAUUCAUCACCUACAGAGUUGUUACAAAGACCAUGCGUGGUGAAUUCGACUCCAGUGAGUAUGAAGUUAGACGACGCUAUCAGGAUUUCCUUUGGUUAAAGGGAAGACUUGAGGAAGCACACCCAACUCUCAUCGUUCCCCCAUUGCCUGAAAAAUUCAUAAUGAAAGGAGUUGUGGAACGAUUUAAUGAAGAAUUCAUUGAAACGAGAAAGAAAGCACUGCAUAAAUUUUUAAACCGGAUUGCUGAUCAUCCCACUUUAACUUUUAAUGAGGACCUCAAAAUUUUUCUUACCGCACAAGCCUGGGAACUUUCAUCUCACAAGAAGCAGGGGCCUGGUCUGCUCAGCAGAAUGGGACAAACCGUCAAAGCAGUUGCGUCGUCGAUGCGAGGAGCGCCCGUGAAGAACCGCCCAGAAGCAUUUGCAGAAAUGAUGGACCACGUGGAGGUGUUUAGCCAGAAAAUCAAUCUGUUGGAUAAAAUCUCCCACCGAGUCUACAGGGAAGAGAGAGACUACUUUUGUGAGCUGAAGGAGUUUGGCCCCAUCCACACGCUUUGGUCCGCAUCCGAAGUAGACCUGGCGGACACGCUGAAAGGGGUGGCAGGCUGCAUCGACAAAUGCUGCAAGGCGACCGAGAAACGGAUGGCAGGGCUCUCUGAAAUCCUCUUCCCUACUCUGCAUGAAUAUGUGCUUUACAGUGAAAUAUUAACGGGAGUUUUGAAAAGAAGAGACCACAUCCAAGCAGAGCUGGAUUCCAAAGUGGACACUCUAUAUAAUAAAAAGGCAGAAAAUGAUCUGCUAUCAGAAGAGAUUGGAAAACUUGAAGAUAAAGUAGAGUGCGCCAAUAAUGCUCUGAAAGCUGACUGGGAUAGAUGGAAACAAAGCAUGCGUCUUGAUAUGAAACUGGCUCUUGGCGAUGUUGCAGAAAACAAUAUCCACUAUUAUGAACAGUGCCUUGCUACCUGGGAGUCCUUCUUGACAUCUCAAACAGACAUUUGCUUGGAAGAAGAACCUGAAGAUCGCCGUUGACUUCCGCCAGCAAGGACCUGUUCCUUAAUCUUCUUCCGAAAUGUGGCUAGCCAAAGAAGUUCUCUGCAUAUGAGAUCAAAUCCAUUUUUCCAUAGAACUGUUAAGAUUCUGUAACAUGUGGAAAACAAACCUAUUGAAGUCUCAGGUAUUCUACAGUCCUGGGCUAUAUUUUGAAUCAUGGUAUAUAUCUAUAGAGGAGGAGAGGGUAGUGUUUAGGAUGUGUGGCUAAACCAUGGUUAUUGUUAUGAGGAUGAGAUCUUGGAAGACAUUGGAAGGUUUUGAUUAACCACAUUAUGUCAUAACCCUAAACUAAGGUUUGUUAAAAGCAAAUUGGUUAUUAAACCAUGGUUUGAAGUUGGUCUGUUUCAGCUAACCAUAGUUAAGAUUCACCAUGGUUUGUUGGGUUUGGAUGAUAAGCUGCAGUUAAUCAAAAAUGGAACAAAAAUGCCCAAACUCUCCCUCAUGUCUCUGCUGGAGGAAGGAGAAUGCAAGCCUUAUAACACUCAUAACACUAAAUCAUGGUUUAGCACUGGAUCCAAACUGAGUCAGAGAGAGCGAGAUCUGUUUUUAUUUUUACCAGUUUUGUGCAUUUAUCUGGUUUUUCUUUUUUAAAUACCCUGUAAUUUGGAUAUAAAAUAUUUUAA